CCUCCCACCCCGUCUGCACUACAUAUUCGGCUCAGGCCCUCCCCCCAACCUCCCAUUCCCUUCCCUCUUUUCCCCCCAUUUCUUCACUUUCCCAGGCACCAAACCCCCCAAAUCCCAACCGCCCUUCCCUCCCAACGUUGCGCCACUUUGCGAGUGCCAGAAAAAAAAAAAAACCUCCACCAAACACCAGCACACCUUUUCUGCUUCUCGCCAUCGUCGCGUCAGAGCAGCACUUGAUUUACAGCGCCCAUCGGCCCUAAAUCCUCUCUACCUCACCACAACCACCAAAAACACAACCAUCACAAUGCCUCGCCCCUCAAAGAAGGCCCUCGCCGCCACCCCCAGCGCUCCCGUCGCUGCCGUUCCUGUCGCGCCUGCUCAGCCCGUGCAGCCCCUCCAGAUCCCCCAAAGACACAUUGAUGUCGAGGGUUUCAUUCGCGUCCGCGACUCGGUUCACCAGCGCCUCAUCACUAUCCUGGAGUUGAUCAAGAACUUCUCCGAGGACUACUACCGCCAGACCAGCCUGCUUCUCGGCGAGUCUGCACACGAGGCCAUCCCGGGCAUUGACCACCCUCUGAACACCUUGGAGCAUGCUGCCCAGAGCAUCGCUCCCCUGGCCCUUGGUCUCCAGCCCGGCGUUGCCUACCACCCUGCCCCUGUUGAGGAGAAGAAGGAGCGCAAGAAGCGCACCCACGACCCCAAUGCUCCCAAGCGCCCCCUGACCCCCUACUUCCUGUACAUGCAGACCGCCCGUCCCAUCAUUGCCAACGACCUCGGUGAUGCCGCUCCCAAGGGUGCUGUUCAGGAAGAGGGCCAGCGUCGCUGGAAGGCCAUGAACCUUCAGGAGAAGGCCGGCUGGAACAACGCCUACCAGUAUAACCUCCGCCUCUACCAGGCUCGUGUUCACUCCUACAAGCAGGGUGGCAACCUUGAGGCCAGAAACAUGGACGACGAUUCCGCUCUCAAGUAUGCCGAGGAGCACAACAUCCAGAUCAACCCUGUUGAUGUUGUCCCCGAUGUUGAGGAUGCCAUCGCCGAGCAGCUCAACCAGGCCAACACCGUCGAUGCUCCUGGUGAAGAGGAAGAGGAGGAGGAAGUCCCUGCCCCCGUCAAGACCCCCAAGAAGCCCGCCUCUACCCGCAAGCGCAAGACUGCCACUCCUGCUGCUGAGCCCGAGGCCAAGGCUGCCGCCACUCCCGCGAGCCCUGACAAGAAGCGUCGCCGCACAUCCACCAAGGCCGCUGACGCCACCGAGUCAGCGGAGCCUGCCAAGAAGAGCAGAGCGAAGAAGGGCAAGAACUAA